AUGAAGGUUGCGAAGAGUCUUCUCCUCGCCGCCGUGUUCUGUGCGGCGCAGGUGAACGCCAUUGACUUUUCUGAACCAAAUUUAACACCCGGCGCCAGUGAUUCUGGAACCGUCUCGGCGGCUUAUUCACCUACAAGCACAACAGACGAUUCCUCGUGCAGCAAAGAAUUCUCCACGGCCGGGAGUGACAACCUCGACUCACCAGCUGACUUGAGCACCAAGGACGACGACGCGGCCUCGUGCGACCAAGAGUAUCCGAUUGCGGGCGAUACUGAAAAAGCUGACGAUUGUAGCCAAGAACUUGAUAUCGCUGGUUUAGACGACUGCUCUGAUGGACUUGACGUUGCUGGCUCGGACUGUGACGAAGGGUUAGACAUCGCAGGAAAACCUGACACACCUGAAUCACCAAGUGGUACUCCAACGGGUUCAUCGCCUGAAUCGACAACACCAGAUACAUCGACCGGGGAUUCGACAGACACAACGGCCACAAAAGGAGAUGCACCUACUGAUACUCCGACAGACACAACGGCUACAAAAGGGGAUGCACCUACUGAUACCCCGACAGAUACUGGAGAAACAGAUGCUGACACUCCGACAGAUACUACUGCAACCAAGGGCGAGUCCGAUAGUUACACACCUACUGACACGUCAACAGACACGACGGCUACCAAGGGCGAUGACACAUCUACUGACACGUCGACAGACACUACAGCAACCAAAGGAGAUGACACAUCUACUGAUACUUCCACAGACACAACGGCAACCAAGGGGGAUGAUACUUCCACCGAUACUACGGCUACUAAGGGGGAUGAUACAUCUUCCGAUACAUCAACCGAUACCACAGCCACAAAGGGGGAUGACACAUCUACCGAUACCACGGCCACAAAAGGGGAUGACACAUCUACCGAUACUUCAACAGACACAACAGCCACCAAGGGAGAUGCACCAUCAACCGAUACUUCCACUAUCACGACCAGCCCCACACCCGAAACACCGUCUACUGACAAUGGAGAUAGCGAACCUGACUGUACUGAUGAGUUAGACAUUGCUGGUAAAGACGACUGUUCUGAAGGUCUUGACAUUGCUGGUAAGGACGACUGUUCUGAAGGACUUGACAUUGCGGGAUCGGACUGCAACGAUGCAUUAGAUGUGGCGGGUUCGGAACCUUGUGAACAAGAGCUAGAAAUUCCUGACGUGCCAGAAACUCCUGCAACUCCUUCGACUCCCGAGACUCCUGAGACCCCUACUGGUACAUCUAACAAUUUGGAUACUGCCUCAUGCAGCAAGGAAUUUUCUACCGCCGGAAGUGACGACUCGGAACCGGAGACUCCAGCCUACGGAGAGGCAGACUCGGAAGUUGUGCUUACUAAAUCGCCUUCUGUUGCCAGCGACUCAGAUGCCGGUGCAACUACUGCCGACCAAUCCACUGAGCAACAGACAGCAUUUAGCGUCGAGGCGAUUAAAUUUAAAUCGGAAGACGAAGCCGCGGGUGCCGCUUCGUCUAUGGUCGUACCAGUUGCUGCUGCCGCUGCCGUCUGCGCCGCUCUGGCAAUUGUCGGCACGAUUUACAUAAAGCGACGGAGCACAAAAGCAAAGAAAGCGUCGGGUGGCAUUUUUACCAUCGACAAGGACUCGGCACUUUAA